AUGGCUUGGAUGCUUGGUUUUGCGCAAAUGAGAAGAGUCAUAGCUGUCGAUGGGACAUUCUUGAAGAGCAAGUAUGAAAGAGUGUUGUUGUCAGCCGUGGCGCAAGAUACGGAGAAUCAUGUUUUUCCUAUGGCAUUUUGUGUAGUGGACAAGGAGUGUGAUGCCUCAUACAAAUUUUUUGAACAAAUGAGAAGCUUUGUAGAUGAUACCAAAGAGUUGUGCAUAAUUUCUGAUAGGCAUCCAAGUAUCAAAAAGGCAGUUUCAAUUGUCUUCCCUUUAUCUCAUUAUGGUUGUUGCAUGAAGCACCUUGGGGAAAAUCUCCGAACCACCUUUCACAAUACGAAGGUCGUAUCUCAGUUUUAUAAAGCAGCAAAAUCGUACAAUAUAGAUGAGUUCAAUGACCAUUUCAAUCAAAUAAGAGAUACCGUGCCUGGGGCCGCCGAACAUCUUGAACGUGUUGGAUUCCACAGAUGGAGCAGGGUAUUCUUCCCCGGAAAUAGGUAUAAUCUUAUGACGUCAAACAUUGCUGAGUCGGUGAACUCAAUGUUCAAUGUUGAAAGAGAAUUUCCCAUUACUGCUUUAUUUGAUGCCAUAAACAGGAGAUUUGCAGAAAACUUCAUGAGAGGCGUAUGGAGUUCAUCGACUCACCAAACAUCUUUGUUCCUUCAGUUGAAAAAAAAUUUCAAAAUUUGUCAACUUGGGGAACAAGUUAUUAGCCCAUCAAAUAGCCAACUACAAGUUCAGCGUCAUCGGUCACGGUGCAGUUGCGACAAUCGAUCUGCAAAGUAGAUCUUGUACUUGUAGAGUUU